UCACUGUCCGCAGUAAUAAAAGAGAGACGAGGACUGGACCAAAUUUCACAACUUCCUCUCCUUUUCACUUAUUUAAGGGGUAAAAUUGAAAACCCAGUAUUGUCUGGUCGUCUUUUAAUUUUCUUUCUUUCGUCUGUUUCUAUACUUGCUCCCACUUACCACCCGAGACUUUAAAGAGGAACCCUCAAAAAGUGAAAGUCGAAAGAAAGAAAGAAAGAAAAAUGAAUCAAGAGAUGAACGGUGAUGAUCAAGAAAAUCUGCAAGAGAAAAUAGACUACGUGUUUAAGGUAGUGGUGAUUGGCGACUCUGCCGUGGGGAAGACUCAGUUGCUGUCCAGGUUCACUAAGAAUGAGUUCUGCUUUGAUUCCAAGUCUACUAUUGGUGUUGAGUUCCAGACUCGGACUGUCACCAUCAAAGGCAAAGUUGUUAAAGCCCAGAUCUGGGAUACUGCAGGCCAAGAAAGGUAUCGAGCAGUCACAAGUGCAUACUACAGGGGGGCACUGGGAGCCAUGCUAGUGUACGACAUAACUAAGAGGGCAACAUUUGAUCAUGUGGCUAGGUGGGUCGAGGAGCUCCGGGCCCAUGCUGAUAAUUCAAUAGUGAUCACAUUGAUUGGGAACAAGGCUGAUCUCGUUGAUCAAAGGGCAGUCCCAACUGAAGAUGCUGUGGAGUUUGCAGAGGAUCAAGGCCUAUUUUUCUCUGAAACGUCAGCUCUUAGUGGAGACAAUGUUGACAGGGCAUUUUUCAGAUUGCUAGAGGAAAUUUAUGGUGUGAUUUCUAAGAAGUCAUUGGAGUGCGGUGGUCAUAAAACAAAUGGUGCAGAUUCAGUUAUGUUGAGAGGAUCUAAGAUUGAUGUUAUUUCAGGGUCUGAUUUAGAAAUUAGUGAGAUGAAAAAGUUGUCUGCUUGCUCUUGUUGAUUGCUCACUUGUGUUAGUUGUGAUCUAUGUAUUGAGCUUCUCCUUGCAUUUAUAAGUCAAUUUUAGAGUUAACCGAUUUUAAUGUUUA